CCUACAGUCAAUAAAACAUCUGCAGGGUCCCCAAAAAGAGACAUUGUCAAGAUGAUCAUAUUAUGGGUUACACUGCUUGUUCUUCAUCAAGGAUAUACCCUUGUUUCAAUAACUACAGUUUCUCUUGGUGAACCUGUAACCUUCCCGUGUGUCCUGCCUAAGACUGAGUUCAGUCGUAGAGAAGUCGACUGGUACAAGCAGAGUGCCGGGGACUUUCUGAAAGUGAUGUGGACACUGAAGGAAUCUGCAGAACCGGAGUUUGCCCCCGAGUUUAAUGACUCAAGAUGGAAGGUUAAUUACGAUGAAAAUUUCACCAACCUGACCAGGACAAACCAAGAGGACGAGGGAAUCUAUCACUGUGGAAUCACAGAGUGGUUCCAGAAUACAAAAUGGACCGGGACCUAUUUGUUAGUAAAGGGACACACUCAAAGGACAUCAAGCUAUACUGUUGUUCAGCCACCACUGAUGAAAGUCCACUCAGGAGAUUCAGUGACUCUCCAGUGCUCAGUCCUCUCUGACUCAGACAAUAAGACAUGUCCAGGAGAUCUCACUGUGCUCUGGUUCAGAGCCGGCUCACAUUCAUCUCAUCCAAAAUUCAUCUACACUGACAGAAACAGAAGUGAAGAAUGUGAUAACAGAUCUGAACCCCAGAAGAGCUGCGUUUAUCAUUUUUCUAAAACUGUCAGCCCCUCGGAUGAAGGGAAUUAUUACUGUGCCGUGGCCACAUGUUGGGAAAUGUUAUUUGGAAAUGGAACUAAACUUCAAAUAGAGCAAGUAGCAGGUUCUGAAUUUAUUGCGCUGAUCAUAACAAUAAUCUGCUUGGUUAUUUCUGCCAUUGUCAAUAUUGUUUUGAUCUGUUGCCGAACUCAAAGAGUAGCAUGUGGACAAUUUAAAGGGGUUCUGGUUCAUGGACAAGGAGAGCAAAUGCCUAGAGAUGGGCAGCAAGUGUACUUUUAA